UYAGGCUAUUGGGAUUUACUCUAGACUACAAACGAAAAUGCAAUGUAGGGCGAAGUGGAGAGUGGGCUUUAAAUCUAACGUGUCUCUUUAACACCAUUUACCCAACGAUUUACUCAAGCUCAACGGGACAUUCGAACCAAGGAACCAAUCAUAUCAACUAAGGGACCACUGAAAGAAGAAUUCGAGGCUGGAUGUAUUAUGAAGACCGAACCAGGAUAAAGGCGAAUCGUUUUCUGGCUGAGGUUUGGUCACUUUGGCGUGAAGAUUGACAAGCUUUAAACAAAUAGCCUGCGCAUGGAUGGUUUUAUCUGUCAAUGGAUGGUCAAUUAUACACAUCACGGACUUGAUUGCGUUCUGUGGAUUAUUAAUGUGGGAUCUCGUUUGCAUUUCAAAGCCCAUAAGUAACAAUCAACAUUAAAAAGAGAAGUUAUUUGGGCUAUUUAUAUUUUAAUUGGAUUAACUGGAUCCUCUAGCCAAGCACAAACGUUUUGGGGGGAGGCUAUGGCAGUGGACUGACCAUGGAUUGGGCGGUGAUGGAAGUAGAAGAACAGUCGGACAUGAUACAGCGUCAUAGCUUUGUCUGGCAGGUCGCUYUGUAGCAGCCAGACAACAAUUGUAACAAAGUUGCAGAACAAGUCAAUAUUAUUGUGAGUCUUGGUGAUGCCAUUAGAAGGGCAGCCGCUGUUCGCAUUCUAAUCGAAACCAUCCUUCGAAAAUGUUCUUGUCUGUUUUUGUUAUUGUUGGAUAGAUGAUCAGAUCGUUGUCUGAAUUGUUUAUUUGAUUUGUAAAACAAAGCAAGGGCUCUUCUGCGCACUGUUACUUUCCAUGGACAUAGAACACAUUUCGCACUGUCUUGUGGUAUUCGCCUCGUCUCGGAGUUAUAAAAUGGACGGGGAAAUAAAGCGCAGCCGGAGGUCCAGAUCUCAACGAGACCGCGUGCGGAGAAGGGAUGMGAUUGACAGGAAUGAUCAAAACCGGAGUCCAUCAUCUGGCUCCGACCGGGGGCAAAGUCCGUUCAGAAAUAAGGCCCUGUGUAAUUAUGGAAAAAUGACCAACUUGCAUUAUGUCCGACCCCCGCGUCCCUCUCGGAGAAAGAGACGGGGGUCAGUGUCUCAGGAGGAAGACAUUAUUGAUGGCUUUGCCAUAGCCAGCUUUCUCAAUCUGGAUUCUUUAGAGGUGGCUCUGAGGAAGACCUCAAAGAGCCUGAGGUUGCAGGAGGGUAAGGAGAAGUGGGAGAGCCAGAUGCUGAAGAAACGAAAGGCUUCUGAAAGGGCUGAGAUCCCUGUGAAUGUAUUCACUGACAAUGGAGCUGACUUUGAACAUGAGCAGGAUGGAGAGAAGGAGCGGGGGAAGGUGAAAAACAACUCAAAGAAGAACAAGCAGGUGAAGGGGCUUUUAGGAAGGCAAGACAGAGCUGAAGUCACCAAAACACAGGGCACACAUCAGAGAAACUMCAAAGGACACCAUAGUGAGAGUUCAUUCUCUGGUCGGGGAUAUUCGUGUGACAGUGAGAGUGACAUCGAUGACAAGGUUUCAGGGAUUGUGUCUGAUAAACUCUUCACACUAAGGAAAACUACUGACAUAGGUGUUGAUCAGAGGGAUGAAGCGAAGGUGUGCAGCUCUGCCAGAGUGUCAGGUCUACAACGCAGCCAAGAGCAGAGCAGUGACACGCCCCUCGAUCUGCCCACUGCCAGCCCCACCCCUGGCACUCUGCCCGCUGCCAGCCCUGUCCCUGCAGCCCCUCUCACCACCACCCCACCUCCUGCUGUGUGUGUGAAGAAGGAGAGGACGUCCCCUCACAAUCCGACCAUGCCAACUCUGCCAGGGCCAGGCCUAUCCCAGGUCAAGAGAGAACCAUUGUCACAUCACCAGGGCCAUCCCCUGUACAUUGGUCUCCACAACAGCAGCAUAGAGGGGUCCCACAAGCGAACCCUCCCCCCAUCCCCCCACUUCGGGCGCCAUUCUUCUCCCUUGCCGGCCCUCCCCCUGUCCAUCUCAGAGCUGUCCGCACCCCACUUCUUCCUGCCAGGUCACGGGCAUCGCCGCCCUGCCAUGUUCACUAGUCCUGCGGGAUUAGCAACCAGCGAUAUUGUAGGACGGUCCACUCGAGCAGGCUGCUCAGAGCACGACCUGCUUCGCCAGGAACUGAACAACCGUUUCCUGGCACAGACUGCAGUUAGAGGGGCAGGCUCUGAGUCACCUCUACUGAGGGCAGAAUUCCACCAGCACACACACCAGCACCAACAUCAGCACCAACACCAGCUCACCUUCUCACCCUACCCCAACGGGUUGCCUCCUCCACCAGGCAUCGUCUCUACACCCCCAAAUAUGGGUCGCACGGCUGCCCUAAAUUUGGAAAAGUACUCAGCAAAACUGGAAAACCCUUACCUAAGACAUCAACAUUUCUACCCCUCCUACCCCCCAGCGAUGCCAGGCAUGCCAGCCCUGCACCCCCACUCAGGACCCCCAGGACCUUUCAGCUCUCUGCAAGGAGCCUUCCAGCCUAAGUCUAUGGAUGUAGUGACACGGCCAGAAGUCCCUCACAAUCUACUGCCAAAGGACCCACGGAUAACUGAUCCAUUCAGAUCAUCAGCUAGGAAGGCUGGCAAAUGGUGUCUAAUGCAUGGCCAGAUCGCAUGGCAGAUUCAUCACCACCAGCAGAGAAUGAAGAACAUGCACUUUGAUCCACAUCAGCUGAAUAUGAGCARGGUGAAGCUGGACCUGUUUAGUCGGCCAGCCGCACCAGGUCUUCCUCCUGGACUAUCCUAUGGCCAUGACCUGGCCCGACCUUUCCUGUCCUCCUCAGGUCAUUCGUCUGCAUCACCAUUCAGUGCCCCCACGCAUCACGGCCACUAUCUACCUGCUAGCCACCUUACUGAUCCAUUUGGUCGAGCCAGUCACUAUGGAAACCUUGGACAACUGGCAACUAAUGCAUUUGGCGGCCUGGGUGCCCCAUCUCUUGGCCCAGGCAGCCCGUUUGGUGACAGGCAGGGCCAUGGGUUGCCAGGUUUUGUCAGCCACCCUCAGGAAGCCUGGAACCGCCUGCAACGAAUGCCCCCCUCCUUCCCCACGCCUCCAGCACAGUCCAGGCCUGCUGAUGUGGCCCGCAAGCCCACAGUCCAGAGCAGUGAGAGGGAAAGGGAAGCUAAGAAAAGGGAUCACUCUGCUACCAAGGAGGAGUCAGUGAGAGACGGAAAUUCUCUGGAAAGAAGCCAUCAAUCCACCCACACAUCCUCAGGCUUUCAGAUUAGUAAUCUGAUUAGCAGCAGCAGCCCAGAAAGGAAGAGGAGUAGCCCAGAUCAGGGUCGUCGUCAGGCUGAGAGGGACGGCACCUCGCUGGGGAGAGUCCAGGUGAAGCAAAGCUCCUCUCCAGCGCUGGAGGUGCAGGAUAGGGGAUCCUCAAACCCUUAUAACACAGUGAAGAAUCACCAAUCCAGCGAGAGCACACAAACCCUGAAGGGACCUUUAAACAUAAAGCAGGAGCACAGAGAUGAACCAGAGGUUAUGGCUGGGCCACCGGAAAUUACCCUCUUACUCCCACCAGGCCACUCUCAGGCUCCACACCCCUCAUCAAGGCGCAGCCACUUCCCCACCGCAGGCAUGCUUCAGAGCAGCCAUCUACCUCACUCUCUACCACUCUCCAUGAGCCCCAUGCACCCAGUGAGCAGCCUCAGUGCAAUGGAGCGAGCCCGUGUCCAGCCCUUCAUGGGGGUCAGUCCACUAGCCACAGGUCGAGACCACCGUGUGCCCCUUCACCUCUCAGGCCCCUGGGAUCCACUACGAGACCCCUACAGAGGGCUGUACCUGCAGAGCCAGGUGGUACAUACGACCUAUGACCCUGAGAGAGGCCACAGACAGCGGGAGCAACACCCCAACCCACAGCCGCAGCAGCACCUACAGGACAGUCACGGGCAGGCAGAGGAGAGGGCCAGGUUGCACCAGCUUCAGGGCUCUCCCAUGGAGGGCCACCUAGCCCACACGCCYACCUUUACAUCCUCCCUGGGUGGGGUGAUGUACCCCAGGCUCAGCCCCUCAGCUCCACACAGUGGCCAUCUGAACAGGACACCUCCCACUGCCACUCUCAGUGCCCCAACCCCUCUGGUGCCCACCUCCACCACAUCCCCUGGCAUACCUUCCACUCCUCGAAAGACCACACCCACCAGUGCCCCACCCUCUGGGGACCCAACCCCAUCCUGCAAUCCUAAAGAGGUGGAGGCACAGUAGCAUGGAAGUCUCUCAGAUAUAAGAGACAAGACUCUAUACAGUACACACUCAACUUGACAACUUUAAGUAAAAAUAGUAUAUUGUAGAUUAUAUGUUAAUAAAUAACAAGUUUAAGUAGUGAGUCUGCAUAGAAACUGUUGAAUAAGUUGAAUAACUAUUGUUGGAUAAUGUUAUUUAAUAGUAAUAUAUGAGUAUUUUGUAAGAUUUAUAUUCCCUUUCUGUGUACAGAAAUAGAUUUUAUGAAUUUGUACAUUUGUGUAAUUAAUGCAUUACYUUUGUUUAAUACACAUUUAUUACACAUUAUUUAUCAAUAGGUAAAACUGAAAAAAUAUGUUCUCCUCUUGAUUGAUAGUUUUUAGGUUAAUGUAACUAUGUUUCUUACCUGAAAAUGUUUGACUUUCACUUUGUGGAAAUAUUCACAUAACCUGUCACUUGUUUCUAUAAAGAAUGUCUAUUUAAACAAAAAUGGAAUUACUUGGCAAUUCAUUGUCUUAUUUUCACUUGCAUUUGCAGUACUCCUUGUAAUCUUAAAUUAUCAUAAUUGUUCUAUUUUUUUGUAUUAUAGUAUAAUUUAUCAUAGCAUGGGCUUGUAUGUACAGUGGGGUCUGAAUUUAUUGACACCCUUGAUAAAGAUGAGCAAAAAUGACAAAAUAAAAAUUWAUUGAUAUUUAGGUAUGGAGUUC